CCCCCCACACACUUUAUGACUGGAACUGAAGAACAAAAGAAGCUUGUGAUUGGUGGCGAAGCCUGUUUGUGGGGGGAGUACGUGGACGCCACCAACCUGACGCCCCGUCUCUGGCCUCGUGCCAGCGCCGUGGCAGAGCGUCUGUGGAGCGCCGCGGACGUGACGGACAUCAACGACGCCUUCAACAGACUGUCCGUGCACCGCUGUCGCAUGGUGGCGCGUGGGAUCCCAGCUCAGCCACUGUUCUCCAGCUACUGUCCCCGUGAGUACAAAGGCGUCUGAAGAAGACCGUAAAGCCGUGGGAACAGAAGAAUGGAAGAUAAUCCAUAAACAAUCGACGUAUAUCAAAGGAAUCGAACGCCAAACUGCCUUUUUUGUGCUACGAAGGCUCAAAAUCUGCUCCACAGAACUAUUGAUCAUCUAAUGUCAUAAACCUCUCGAAUUUAUGAAUGCACUUUUUUCAUGAAUGUUUGAUUGUGAAUAAAAUCUUGACAUUUUA